UGACCGGAUGGUGUUUGUGUAGAGGAAGUUUUGCUUGCGAGUUUUCCGUCCGUUUCGACUGCCUGGGUAUUUAGUUGAGGCGUUUUGUUAUUAUACGAUAUGAUAUUGGUGUAAACUGCAUUACUGGGAAGCGCACAAGUAUUCAAAAAGUGAAUAAAAGCCCGAGCUGAAGAGGCGGGGUUUUAGCACUUUAGAGUAACCCGAGAGCACCUUGCUGCUAAGCUAACGUUACUGAGCUCGCUAGUGCGGCUAGCAUUAGCCUCUGGUCUGCGUUGAAUUGAAGGGGCUCUUCAAGCUCACGAAGCCAUGGGGAACCGGGGCAUGGAAGACCUGAUUCCCCUCAUCAACAAGCUUCAAGACGCAUUCAGCUCCAUUGGCCAGAGUUGUAAUUUAGACCUUCCUCAGAUCGCGGUGGUCGGUGGACAGAGCGCUGGAAAAAGCUCGGUCUUGGAGAAUUUCGUUGGCAGGGACUUCCUUCCACGUGGCUCAGGCAUUGUGACCCGCAGACCUCUCAUUUUGCAGCUGAUCAACAAUAAAGCAGAAUAUGCUGAAUUCCUGCACUGCAAAGGAAAGAAGUUUGUGGAUUUUGAUGAAGUGCGGGCUGAAAUUGAGGCGGAGACCGACAGGAUAACGGGCUCCAACAAAGGCAUCUCUCCUAUCCCAAUUAACCUGAGGGUGUACUCCCCAAACGUGCUGAACCUGACCCUGAUUGACCUCCCGGGAAUGACUAAGGUUGCUGUAGGAGAUCAGCCACCAGACAUAGAGCACCAGAUCAGGGAUAUGCUGUUGCAAUUCAUUACCAAGGAAAGCUGUCUGAUCCUGGCAGUCACUCCUGCCAACACUGAUCUGGCCAACUCGGAUGCUUUGAAGAUUGCAAAGGAGGUGGACCCGCAGGGUCUGCGUACCAUUGGUGUUAUAACAAAACUGGACCUGAUGGAUGAAGGGACAGAUGCGAGGGAUAUUCUUGAAAAUAAACUUCUGCCACUGCGAAGGGGUUACAUAGGUGUGGUGAACCGCAGUCAGAAAGACAUUGAUGGGAGGAAAGACAUUCGUGCUGCUCUGGCUGCUGAGAGAAAGUUCUUCCUGUCUCACCCAGCCUAUAGACACAUGGCAGAACGCAUGGGUACACCACAUCUACAGAAAGCACUUAACCAGCAAUUGACCAACCACAUCAGGGAUACCCUGCCUGGUCUGCGCAGUAAGUUGCAGAGUCAGCUUCUCUCCCUAGAGAAGGAGGUUGAGGAGUACAAGAACUUCCGUCCAGAUGACCCGACACGGAAGACCAAGGCUUUGUUGCAGAUGGUGCAGCAGUUUGGUGUGGACUUUGAGAAGUGCAUUGAAGGCUCCGGGGACCAGGUGGACACCAAUGAGCUUUCAGGUGGUGCCAAGAUCAACCGCCUCUUCCACGAGCGCUUCCCCUUUGAACUAGUCAAGAUUGUUUUUGAUGAGAAGGAGCUACGGCGAGAAAUCAGCCAUGCAAUCAAGAAUGUCCACGGUGUCAGAACGGGACUGUUCACUCCAGACCUGGCGUUUGAGGCCAUCGUGAAAAAGCAGAUCGUUAAGCUGAAAACGCCCUGUCUCAAAUGUAUCGAUCUGGUCAUUCAGGAGCUCAUCAACACAGUCAGGCAGUGCACCAACAAGCUCAACUCCUACCCCAGACUGAGAGAGGAGACUGAGAGAAUUGUCACAACUCAUGUCAGAGAAAGAGAAGGGAAGACCAAGGACCAGGUUCUGCUGCUGAUUGACAUUGAGCUGUCCUACAUCAACACCAACCAUGAGGACUUCAUAGGCUUUGCUAAUCUUGACUACAGAAGGCUGGAUGAUGGUAGCUCCCCAGUGUACGGCAACAACAGUGCUCAGCAGAGGAACACGGCUGCAAACAAGAAGAGGGCCAUACCGAACCAGGGUGAGAUUCUGGUGAUCAGGAAAGGCUGGCUAACCAUCAACAUCAGCAUCAUGAAAGGAGGCUCCAAGGAAUACUGGUUUGUCCUGACUGCUGAGUCCCUGUCCUGGUACAAAAAUGAGGAGGAAAAAGAAAAGAAGUAUAUGCUUCCCUUGGAUAACCUGAAGCUCAGAGAUGUUGAGAAAGGCUUUAUGUCCACAAAGCACAUCUUUGCAAUCUUCAACACUGAACAGAGGAACGUGUACAAGGAUCUUCGCCAAAUAGAACUGGCUUGUGAUUCUCAGGACGAUGUGGACAGCUGGAAAGCGUCUUUCCUCAGGGCUGGAGUUUAUCCAGAAAAGGACCAGGAGGAGAAUGAAGAGCCUUGCCCUGCAGAUACAUUCUCCAUGGAUCCUCAGUUGGAACGGCAGGUAGAAACCAUCCGCAACCUGGUGGACUCGUACAUCGGCAUCAUAAACAAAUCUAUCAGAGAUCUUGUGCCCAAGACCAUCAUGCAUCUCAUGAUCAACAGCGCGAAGGACUUCAUCCACUCAGAGCUUCUGGCCUACCUCUAUUCAUCUGGGGAUCAGAACAGCCUCAUGGAGGAGUCGGCUGACCAGGCCCAGCGUAGAGACGAAAUGCUGCGCAUGUAUCAUGCAGUCAAGGAAGCACUGGUCAUUAUUGGCGACAUCAGUACCAACACAAUCUCCACCCCAGUACCACCACCUGUAAAUGACUCCUGGAUGCAGGAAGCCAGUCCGACCGCUCAGCGCAGGCCAACUCCUACAUCAUCCCAACCCCCCAGCCGUCCACCUGCUGUGAGGGGACCAACACCAGGACCUCCCUUGAACCCUUCCCCUGCCUUUGGAGCACCACUCAAUCCCUCUCCGGCCUUUGGUGCACCCCCAAUCCCCUCCCGCCCAGGCCCGCCCAUCAACGCCUUCAAUAGCAGUCAGGAUCCCUUCAGUGCACCCCCACAGAUCCCCUCCCGGCCCGCUCGUGUCCCUCCCAAUAUUCCCAGCCGAAGACCCCCUGGUGCUCCUUCUCACCGGCCCACCAUUAUUCGCCCUGCUGAGCCCUCCCUGCUAGACUAGACCUGUGGCCAAGUCCACCUAAGUGUGUGUGUAUUUGUGUGUGGAUGUGUGUAUCUGCACAAUAUAGGCAGGGGCGGGGGCUCAAGGGGAGGGGCUGACUGAUAGUAGUGCAUAACAUGCAUCAUCCAGCCGCAUUGAUGUCUGUUCAAGCAAUGUUAAUAAGCUGCUAAUAAUGUGUUUAUAAAUGCGCAGGAAAGCAAGCAAGCCCUUAACCACUUGAAUAUUGCAUUUGACUGCUCUAAAAGAGGAAAACAAAUGGCUCAUCUGUGAGAUGCAUUCAGCUUCUGUCAUUAGGAGAUGAUGUGUCAGAUUCAAUAUUUUUUAAAUGUAAUAACUGGUUAAUUUCCUCUACAGUUUAUUUCCUGGCAAGGUUUUCAGCAGAAGUACAUUUAUUAAGUUAUUAACUGGUACAGGCUGGGUUUUUCUCUCCCCUCCCCCACCUUUUUUUUUUUUUCCCUUCAAAAUGAGCCUGGACGGAAGUCUAGGUUUGUCUUUGUAAUAUACACCCAUAACCAGCUGUUCUCUCGGGUCUCCUGAUUUCAUAUUGAAAAAACAAUGGCUUAUUAUCACUGUUUUGUUUUUUUUCUUCCCUUGUGUUGUUUUAUUUGAGUGAAUUUGUCCUUUUUAAAUGACAGUUAUACAUGUAGCUUUAAAAUGAAAUCUUAAUCUCAACAGAGUGUAAAAACAAAGAAAAAAAAAAGAAAAAGAUACAGAGCAGGGUUGUUUGACACUGAGAGAAAUAGCUUCGGUUCCUCUGUCAACUAUUAUUUUCCUCAAUGAAAUGAUGUUAUUCAUUGACCGUUAUAAUCCAAGCACUUCUAACCACCUAGCCUUACAUUAAGCCACUCAUAGCAGGGAUACUGUAGCUUGUUACCAUAACACUAUGCACAAAAGUCCGGGGGGGAUGGAUGCUGUCUGCACUUUCUGGGAAGCUUUCUCCACUAAUUUGGAGAUGAUCACGUCUUGAAUUUUAAUCCUUCUAGUCUCAGUCAUACCUCAGUGAGGCCUACAGCCUUGGAGGAGAGUUAAUUCCUGGAUUAGCGGAUUCAAAUAGAACGGCGCACACGGUACAGUUUUCUCUCGGAGAGGAUAAAACUUGAUGAAGCUGAGGGGUGUGUGGACAGAUCUGUGAUUCAGAGCGUAAAGGUGGUAUUAAGCAUAGAUCAGAUGUCACGUCUCUGUCUGGGCUUAAUUUUCAAGGAAAUUUUCUCUCACUUAUGCUUCCAUGCAUAAAAUGAUCUUGUAUAUAGCUGGCCUAUACUGGGGAGUUGGCUUAUCUCUCAUUUUAUUAUAGGGUAUAUGACAAAGCAUGCUAUCGAUCAUAAUCCAAGCCCAAAAUGUCAAAAUACAACGGUAGUCAUCAAAUUAAAGAAAGCACUAACACUCAUUUCAUAGAUUAGACUUCAAUAAAGGCGGGAAAAGAGGUUAUUUCAUUGUGCUUUAUUUAAAAUCUGGGCAUUUUUUUCCCAUUUCUUUUGAUGCUUUGGUAGCAAUUGUAUCAUCUCUGUGUACAGGUAUGUUCAACUCAGCCCCCCAGCUUCGCCUGGACUGUUAUUUGGGGUUUUGCUACAGGGAUUAUCUGUCUAAACUUGGACAUGCACUUGGUUCAGCUGUGAUUAUUUGAUGAUGAUCUUUUGAUUGCUCUUUGAACGUAUUUGACCAUAAUAAAAUAUAUAUAUAUAUUUUUAAGUCUUUAACGGGAAAUUGGGAGUUACAAUGGGCACUUGUUUUUUGGUUUGAUCAGUAGUGGUGAGCAGGUGCUGGGAUUUGUGGUUUACAAAGGCACAUCCUGUCAAGAGAAGCUCCCUAAGAUGGUAGUCUGCAUCAAGGAAAGAUGAUUAAUUAGCCAGACUGACAAAUCAAAAAAGCUGUUUAAAAAAAAAAAUGCAGCAAGAUCCUAAACCACUGCUUCUUGAGACAAAAUGUGCCUUUUCUUCCUUUCUCAAGGUCUGGCUUUCAGUGACAGCACCAGGAAGAAUACAAUAUUCCUAUCCGGUCUUUAUACUGAAGAUCUUUAAUAAUGGAUCUUCCACACUCCCCAUGGUACACAAAUUUUAAACAACUAAAACAGAUAUUCAUUGGUCUAGAGUUUGUUUAAAUCUCUGUGCUUGUCACUUAGACCUGCCCUUGGGAAGGCUAACCUGUAAAUGGCUUGUCAUAUGGUAGGCUGUGAGCAAACUGCCUUUCUCCCUAAUGGACGUACCCAUCUUUCUUCGAACCCAACUCCUCUCGGACCUGGAAGACGGGGGUUGGAAAACAACCUGCAAACUUUUUUUUUUUUUCUUCAAACCUUGUCAAGUGCCUCUGUAGCAAUUAAUUGAUUUGAAUGAACAACAUGAACAGAUUUAGAAAGGCGAGUAAAUAAAGAGGUGUUGUGUACAAUAAAGGGACUGGCUCUGG